AUGGCUACAGAGCUCAACGGUGCCAACGGCACCAACGGCACCAGCUCCAAUGGCAGGAAGACUCACUCCAAGGCGCUCUCCCGAAAGUUGUCGAGCCCGAUGAUGCCAGCAUUCAUGGUGUCCGCGCCCGCCAAGGUCAUCCUUUUCGGAGAGCACGCGGUCGUUCAUGGCAAGCCUGCCAUUGCCGCUGCGUUAUCCCUCCGAUCAUAUCUCCUCGUCACCACGCUGUCGAAAUCGAAGCGCACAGUGUCCUUGAUCUUCCCCGACGUCGACAUGUCACACACGUGGAAUAUCGACGCCCUGCCGUGGGCGGCCUUCUCGCACCCGUCCAAGAAAAAGUAUUACUACGAUCUUGUCACCACCCUCGACCCGGAGCUCCUUGAUGCUAUCCAGCCUCACCUGGUCGAUAUCUCCACGGACAAGCCAGAAGCCGUCCAGAAAAUUCACAGAAAUUCUGCGCUGUCAUUUCUGUACAUCUUUCUGUCGCUGGGGAACCAGACAUUUCCUGGUUGUUCAUACACUCUACGAUCCACAAUACCGAUCGGACAAGGGUUGGGGAGUAGUGCGUCCAUUGCGGUCUGUCUCGCGGGGGCCUUACUACUGCAGCUGCGGGCGCUGUCUGGGCCACAUCCUGACCAGCCAGAGGAGGAGGCGAGGCUACAACUGGAGCGGAUCAACAGAUGGGCAUUUGUGGGCGAGAUGGCCAUGCACGGGAACCCGUCUGGCGUCGACAACACGGUAGCUACACAGGGCAAGGCUGUUGUUUUCCAGCGGACCGACUACGGCAAGCCGCCAUCCGUCCGCCCGCUCUGGGACUUCCCGGAGCUGCCCCUGUUGCUGGUGGACACGAAGCAGCCCAAGUCUACGGCAUUCGAAGUGGCCAAGGUUGGCGCACUGAAGGAGAAGCAUCCCAAGCUCGUGGGCAGCAUCCUUGAUACGAUUGACAAGAUCACGAGGACAGCAGAGUCUCUGAUGGACGAAGAAGAUUUCGACAGUGAGGAGCUGGAGAGCCUGCAGAAGGUAGGCGAGCUGAUGACCCUAAACCACGGGCAGCUCAUGUCCCUGGGCGUCUCACACCCACGGCUGGAGAGGAUACGAGCGCUGGUGGAUCAUGAGGGCAUCGGGUGGACGAAACUCACAGGUGCCGGAGGCGGCGGCUGCUCCAUCACACUGUUACGGCCGGAUGCAAAAGAAAAGUUGCACCGGCUUGAUGAGCAGUUAUGCGAAGAGGGCUACGAGAAAUUCGAGACGACACUUGGUGGUGACGGUGUCGGCGUCCUUUACCCCGCCGUGAUCAAGAAUGGUCUAGACGAGGACGAGGAGGGCGGGAUGGAGAUCGACCUAGAGCGUUUCCUCGACGCCGAGGAUAAUGAAGCCGUGGAAAGACUGGUAGGAGUUCACGGGGGCGGUGGUGAAAGAGAGGGCUGGAAGUUCUGGAGGGUUGAGUCACACUAG